UCGAAAACAAACCAAAAAUUAUUACAACAAAAUUUGAUUCCAUGAAAAAUAAGGAUAACUCUAAAGACAACUAUACAUGUACUUCUCGGGAAAAGACUCCUUGUAAGAAACAAUGCUCUGAAAUUAAUGAAAAUUACAUAAAAUCUAUAAUACAUAUGUUACAACAAACUUAUCCCAAAAACUUUGAUGCACCACAUUAUCAGGGUAAUACCCUAGUGGGUAAACAAAGGAGAUGUUUUGCUCUAAAACAGCAAACAAAUCACGUCCAUAAAGUUCGUUCCAAGCCCAGUGUUACUUAUCACAAAAACUCUUUAAAGAAAGUUCCAACAGUGAUAAGGAUAGUAAAGAGGCAAACUAAGGCAACUUCUACUUCAGAUUUGAACCAUAAAAAUUGUGUUCUUAAAUCUAUUCUGAAAAAGGGAAGUGAAAAUCAUUCUACUGACAGAGAAACAGUUGUAAAUGAUAUCGAUAAAUAUCGUGUUUAUGCCAGACAACAAAAGGAGCCGUUAGAAAACUCUUGUCUUUCUUCAAAGAAAACAAAAGAAUUGGUUUCGGAGGGUAAUACAACGUUAGCUAAAACCCAAUUGGAAGAAGACAAAAUUGUUGGUUUAACAGAAAGAAAUGAAAAGCGAAAACUUCCAAAAAGAAAACAUUUUUGCAAGCAUAAUGAACCAGAUAUUUUAAUGGAAAAUCUACGUAAUGCUGUUAUGCACAGUGUUCAAAUCCUAAUGAGCACACCUUGUCGUUACGAAUAAAAUUUAUAUUAAAAUUUAACAAAAAUGGCCACGAAACGGCGUCUCCAAAAGAUUAUCGAAAAUAAAGAGCAUACAUUAAGAAAAUUGCUCAAAGAAAUCGAAAAAUAUGACAAGAAAAUACCCUCAAAAGUACGAGAACAUAUUAAAGGAUCCAAAAGCAUUCAACGUAUCAAACAUAAUAUCGGAAAUAUGAACACUCACACUGAAAAGGAUUUACUUAAAAAUCAACAAUUUCGUAAAAAUUGCUACAAAUACCUUUUGAAGACUAUAGAAGAAAUAUAUGCGAAAAAUCAGAAAUCAGAAUGUAAUAUGGAAACUUUUGCGGAAAGAAUUAAGGGAUGUAGUAAAAAAUUGGCGAAAUUGAAAGGUCUUAAAGAAAACUCUGUCAGACGUUUAAAGAAAGAAGAAAAUACUUUAAAUAUUACCAUACCAAGUUUAAAACUGCAUUGUUCUAAUAAACCUAGUGUUUUAUAUCAAAGGAAGAUUAUAAAAUCGAAACAUCAGGUGCCUUGUUUUAGAAACGAUACAACUAAACAUCAAUUAAUAUCAACUGUUGCCCUAAACAGAGAUUCUAAAAGUCAUUUUGAUUUAAAGAAAACAAAAGUUAUAAAAGCUUCCAAAGAAAGUAUUCCAAGUUUGGAUAAAUAUCGUGUUAAACCUAGUAGACUACAGCCCACGUCAACAUCACCCUCUAAGGAUUCUUUUAUACCCAUAAAUAUACCCAGACAUUAUAGCGAACAAUAUCAUAACAGAUCGAAAAACAAUACUAGUCCAUUGGGUCAGAUAUUUCAAUAUCAAGUACAUUCAUCCAUGCAGAAUAUGAGGUCGGGCCCAGAAGAACGUUUAAAUUAUUUAACAGCAAAUGUUCGCAAUGCCGUUAUGUUGGGUCAUACAAAGAACUCUUCGUAUGGCAAAAAGUUGGACAAUGUUAUUAAGAAUUUAGUUCAAUUAACAGAUAGAUAUUAAAGAGU